GGCUCAACAAGUACACGCGGUGCUUAGUACACGGUUUGAAAUUUUGGAAAAUCUAUGACGUGACUUGUCAUACAGUUAUUCGAUGUCAAAAUGUAUUAAAUCGAUGAAAUAUACAGCACGAAUUGUGAAAAUACGAUCAUAGGUCAUUUUUAACAUCGAUUAGUCAACGAUCUGAUCAAUAUUGACAAAUAUAAAAAGAAGGAAGGAAUAUACUAUGCGGUCUAAAGUGACAAAUGAGAAUACUUGGGCUACAGAAUCGAAACAGAGAAGUAAGAACCUGCGACGAACGACAAGAAAAACGGAAUCUUCGGGAUUGUCGAAACCUUCCAAAGGAAAUACAGCAUGGGAGAGAACUCUCAGGAGGCUGGAAAGUAAUGAACGCGAGCGUAUGCGAAUGCACUGUAUGAACGAUGCGUUUCAGUCCUUACGCGAAGUGAUCCCGCAUGUUACCAAAGAAAAACGACUCUCAAAAAUGGAGACAUUAACACUGGCUAAAAAUUAUAUAGUGGCUCUUACGGACGUAAUCUGCGCUAUGAGAAGCGAGGAGCGGUCAGAGGAUCAGCAAAGCAGCAGCUCUGAACGUCAAGAUUCGUUGAACAACGAACAACGUUUGGAAUCGACUACUGUUUGUGUAAACAUUCCUGUUGCCUCCAGAUCCUGCGGUUCGGAGACUCAACAUUUUUAUCAAAACAAACAUUCGCGAUGGGAGAAAGAUCAGGAUAAUAUUACAGGCCUCUGAAAAGUUACGGCGCUAAACGAUACUGGGAUGAAUGACAAAUUGAAAUUUCUUUAACGGCAUUUCGACUAGUCUUCUUUUCUUUAAUCGUGCAUAUAUUUACGCCUUAAAAAACUCCAAUAUUCGUACACAUUUGUGCAAGUCUUAUUAAAAUUAACAAUGUAUCUUAUGACUGAUGUAAGUAAUCUAAGAAAAUACUAACUGUUUGUGCCAAAGAAAGAUAGUAUUCAUCGCAGAAACGAAAAUAA